CUUCAUCCUGUGCUACAAAAUCUCUGCCUGACCGGACCACGCCUUAAAAAUGUGUUUCUUGUGGCACCAAUUCGUCGUACUUCAGCGACUCUUCAAUAGAUAUUUGCCUGCUAUGCACCGUUUGUCAAACAGGACACAUGAAGAAACACUUGUGUUUUUUGACUUGGAAACUACAGGACUCGAUACUUCUACAUGUGACAUAGUUCAGCUCUCAGCUAUCAGUGGAAACAAGAUUUUUAACGUCUACAUGCUUCCUCGCUGCACCAUGACUGAUGGGGCCUCACGAGUAACAGGACUGACAACCUGUGCUGAUGGACUUUUCCUACAUGGGCAGUCUUUGGACACCAUCCCAGUAAAAGAAGCUCUAAAAUCUUUCAUUUCCUUCCUGAAGACCAUCAACAACCCACUUUUGGUGGGUCACAACUGCAGAAGGUUUGACAGCCCUAUUCUACUCAGAAUAAUGAGCGAGUUCCAUCUGCUGGAUGAGUUCUUAGAUGUGUUGUCAGGAUUCCUGGACACACUGCCUCUGAGUAGAGAGAUGUUUGGGCUCCAGAAAUACUCUCAGCCCUUUUUGGUCCAGCAUUUCCUCCAAAGGUCCUAUGUUGCACACAAUGCUACGGAGGAUGUAAGAGCCCUGCAGGCUUUGUACAGAGUUUGGCAGCCAAGCAUGGAGCUGGUGAACAAGCACAGGUUUAGAUUAUAGCAAAAAUAAGUGUUUUAUAUCAUUUUAACACAGAGCCAAAGUAGACAACUUAAAGUGAGAUCAUCACUAACACUGGAAUGUAUACAUAUCUUGGCAAAUGUGUUGAAAAGGGAUUGAAAUGAAACUAGACUAGUACUGAACAUGGGCUGUCACUAGACCCAAUUUAAUGAGGCGUGUGCCUCAAAGUUUACCACACUAUAGAAUCAUUAGUAUCAUUCGAAUUCACCAUGUAUACCAUAAUGACUCAGCAUUUUUGUUGUUAGAAGACUGUUAGAAGAUUGUUGCAUUAUUACUUAAUCAUAGUUCUAUACUAACUGCUUUGCUAAUCUAUGUCUUUCUCUGGGUUAUGGUGGUCAGACUAAGUUGAAGAAAUUAUAACUUCAAAAUGUUUUAAUACAUUAUGUUUAAAGAUUAAAAGUAAAGCAACAACAUGAAAUGACAUUAAUAGGUUUUCUAAACAA